GAGCCCCAGCGGUGCAUCCUCUGACCGACUGCAGCCACAGAGCAGCAGCAGCAGCGCGCCUGCGCAGUGCAUCCAGGGAAGCUCGGCUGAGAUCGGUGCUGAAGCGGGGCGGAUGGCUGGAAAAACAGCGGCGAUGGACACGAUUACACCGCGGGAUUCCCGUUCGCCAUGUCUUUAAAUAGGCGUCGCGACGCCGCGUUUUCACGCCCAUCACUGUAGGACAGUGACAUCCCAGCGUAAAGGGAUGCCGCACAUUCGCUGCUCUCUCAAGUCGAGGAAGGAUCCGUUUUGUUGAGGUCCGAGGAGACCGACGCGGUGGGAAGUAAGCGAGAAGGGUCGUCACACCUCACUUCGUCUCUCGCGUUCCCCUCCUGUGCCCGUCGGUCAGGGAUGGUGACACCAGUAACCUCUCCUCCUCUCCGUGGUGACAAGUACCUCCGCGCCUCGUCCCACCGCUCCCGCGAGCCCAAGAGCCAGCACGCUUGCCGAGCGGACACUGAGACACUCCGUCAGUCACUUUGUCAACCAGCUUGCUAUCACCCAGCAACCUAUUACCUCACGCCAUGACUGCUUUGUCUGACCUGUGUUUAGGAACUCAUUAAUUCAUGCCCCACAGCGUGAGUGGAGUGGAGAUGAGAAAAAGGCAGGCGGCUCACAUCGAGGCCCCGCCCCAGGCCCCUGGACAGCCUCGACCGAAUACCUGCUGCCUCUGCUGGUGCGGCUGCUGCAAGUGUUUGUGGAAUGAAGACAGAAUUGAGAGGAGCGAACGGCAGACCUGCACCAAGAUGGACAGUAUUGAAGCUGCUGGAGAACAACGUCCCAGUUUAGAAGAGUUGCUGUCGUGGUCACGGAGCUUCGAGAUGAUGCUGCGCUCGCUGGAGGGCCGAGAGGUCUUCCGAGACUUCCUGCGCUCCGAGUACAGCGAGGACAACCUGCUUUUCUGGUUGGCCUGCGAAGAAUUGAAAAAGGAGACCAACCCCUCUGUGGUGGAUGAGAAGGCCAGGAUUAUAUAUGAAGAUUACGUUUCUAUAUUGUCGCCCAAAGAGGUGAGUCUGGACUCUCGGGUCAGAGAAGGAAUAAACCAGAGCUUGACGGAGCCUAGCAACAUGAUGUACGAGGAGGCCCAGCUCCAGAUCUACACCCUGAUGCACCGGGACUCCUUCCCCCGUUUCCUCAACUCCUCCGUUUACAGAGACCUCCUGGACAGCAGGAGGCGCACCUGCCUCGACACCUAAACCUCGCCACCGUUCGUCAUUGCCAACGUACGCCAACGAGACUACUACUUAAAAACUUCAAAUGCUACUACGGUGCCAGAAGUCAGGUUUGGAAGAAAAUAAGCAAAGUCUCUCUCUCUGUUCUGACGGGGGGGGGAAAAAAAGGCAAAAACAAUCUUAAAUAACAUCCAAGACAGCUGGUUGAGUUAUUUUUUGUUUGUUUGUGUUUUUUUAUUUAUAUUUUUUAAGCAAUUUCUAUCCAGUUGUUCACUGGAGCUAGGUCGGCCUUUGCUGGCUGGUUAAUUGGUCGCUUUGAGACCAUUAUUGCUGGCCAGUGAUUGUUUUGCUAGCAAUUUGUGCUGUUUCGUUUGAUUCGAGCGGCCGACUCCACCCUCGUCAGCGGUCGGUUUGAACGGCCGACCCGAUGCGCUGGUUGAGCGUGGACAAGGACUCCUCAGGUGGUGAGGACACAGAGAAGGAGAGAGACGUAAAGGACAAACCCACUGUUCCCGUACUGUAAUAAUCCAACCUCAUUCUUUCUUUACCCUCACUUUACUGCUUUGUCCUUACUUGCCGGUUGUUGUCCCACCUCACCAUUGUUUUUUUGUUUUUUUUUCUGUUUUAUACCUCCUCACUGUCCAAACAUGACACCCAGUGGCUGGUUGGAGUGGGAGAAUCUUUGCCUUUUUAACCAGUUGAAGCAUCGGCUCUCUCUGCAUGCAGCUCUCUCUCUCUUUUUCUAUCACUCUCUCCCUGUCUUUAUUGUAGCUUGACAAUAUAAGCCGCGGACUGCAACCUUUUCCGAGAGGUACUAAGGCUGGCUCUUACUGGUUGUAUACGCUCAGCGAAGGGGGGAAAAAAAAGGUAUGUCAGUUUUACCAAUACUGCAGUUUUUAUGGAGAGGUUUUCUCCAGCCCUUCUUCUUGUCCGUCCAUCCGUUUGUCCGAGCGUUUUCCUUCAUGUAACCGGGAGAAGUAAGGGCUAGAAUUGUGGUUGGGCAGCUACUUCUAACAUUAUAUAACUCACGAACUUCUCUCCGCUGAGAAGAAAAAAUCACAAUGCCUUUACGCGUAAAGGAAGGCGGCAGAAGCGCUGCCGCAGAUUUGCUGUGAAGCAACCACAGUUUGUCCAACAAUCCCUACCUCCCAUACUUUUUAAAAAAAAUUAUUUCUUUUUAAUCCCUCCCUCUUUCUCUCGCCUGCUCAAAGAACCCCCUACAGCUUGAGAAGCACAGGUGCCAAGUUUGGGCCAAAACUGCAAAUGGCGAAAACAAAAAUAAACCUUACAUUGUCUAGAUGAGCAGAGAAUUAUGGGAAGGAAAACGGUAGCAAUUUCCUUUGGUGCAGGCGUAAACAUGUGAGCUUUUUUUUAACCCCGGCCUUUGAAAGGCUUCAGCUUUAGACCUCGAGGUGUUGGAUUUUUAGAGGAUUGCUUAACUGGGUGCCAAAUGGGACUUCAAAGGUCCUGGGAAGAGGUUUUUGAUUUAUUAUUAUUUUUUUAAUGGAUCUGCUUUUUUCAGAGGGCUGGUUUAAUAAUGCUGAAAGGCUACAAUCCCAGGUUAGCAAAGAAAUCUGCUCCACACAAGCCUUUUUCACCUUAAACCAAAACGGUUUAACCAUGCUGUAGACGAGCAGAUGAUAGGAUGCUUGUGCUAAUCUUUCCUCCCACUGCCAGCCCUCACACACUCUGGUCUGUUUUUCUAACCUGACUUGAACAGCAUGCACUUAUAAAUGUGUGUGAGUGUGUGUGUGCGUGCGCGCGUGCGUGGAUGAGACACAAUAAAACACCGAACAGGAAUAGAAAAGUUAAGUUGCCAAAUGUCCUGUUAACAUGUUUAACAUACAAUGGACACUGUUUUUUUUUUUUUUUUCUUUGAAAUGAUAUGAACAUUUAAACAGAAACUUUGUUGUUACCUGUGGAUCUUCAGUAGAAAGUGCAUGAGUGCAGCGUAUAAGAUGCAGUUUUAUUACAACGAGCCUCUGUGUUCAUUGAUUUGAUGGAUAUGCGGAACCAGAUAGUCCGGUCGGGAGAGUGCUAAAUGUAUCGGUGACGCCGCUCUCACACAGAGGCGUCCAUGUUGACGCCUUCUCUAACUACCUGAUGUUCUUGUGCCAAUCUGGAUCUGCAGUAAAGCGACAUUUGCUUCCGAUUAGUGAGGGUUAGGCAUGGGCCGGUACAAUAACCGCGCUUUGACAGUAUUAACACAAAAAACUUUACGCAAGUACAUCCAACGGCAACCGAUUGCUUAAGUUUAUUUCCGCUGCCGUGAAAAAAACACGGCUGGGUGGUUUUUAGGGACAGCUGACGUUGCAGUUUUAUCGUUGAACGUUGUACGUCAUAAUUUCUUUUCCGUCACCACGAAGACCCCAACGCUCUUCCUGAACUUGAUGCAGUAAGGUCUUCAUCAGUCGUGGACAAAAGAAGUCUGUGAAAGUCAAUCUGAGUGGACAAAAACAUCACCAGAAAGGAGCAAUUCAGUGCAUGAAGAGUGAAAUUCUUAGUCUGAUCCAAUCACUCUCUGACCUUGUGAGCAUGAUUGUGAUUGAAUAUGUCGUGCAGCUUGAGGUAUGCAGUAAACUUUUGAUUUCUGCAAUUAUAAAAAUGUCCUAACAUUUAUUUAUUUUGAUACAUCAAGCAGUUUUUUUUUUGUUUUUUUUUUUUAGAAAAAAAAAGGCCUGCUAAAUUUAGUAGCUUUUGUUCAACUGCUUAUUGUAACAGAAUAUGGGACAGUUUGUUUAUUAAUGAGGCUAUCUGCCUGUGUAAUAACAAUUUGUCUCCUAACAUCCAAAUUUGUGUGGCAAGGGAAAAACAUAAGACGUCUAUCUUUCUGUGCUCAGCAACAGGUGGGAGAGGGACAGUACUCUGUUGUGUAACCAGAGAAAGCUCCAGCAAAGCCAACAUUUCUUCUGGCCCGGGUCAGCGUUGUUGACCUCUUUGGGUUACCUUAAACCUCAAAGACCGGCCCAUGCCUCGCGAGGGAAGAAUCUGAACCUCGUUGCUUUUCUAGUCCACAUAAAUUACACAGAACACUUUCUAGACUUUCGUCGAUCCAGAUGAAACUCAUUUCCACCAGAUUGUGACUGAUGUUGCUUGAUUGCGCGGAGUGAUGAGCUGUGCACAUGCAUGCGCCCCGUUGAUCAUCAAAGGCAAAUGAAUCAAAGAAUUUGUAAAAAAAAAAAAUUAAUUAAAAAAAAUCUGACGGUGAAGGUCAAGUUUCACGUACGAAACUCGUUUCUGUAGAAAAAUGUCAAAACUUGCGGUAGCUUUUCGUUUCGGCCAUUUUUUAAAAAUGGACUCCUGCUGGCAAAUCCCUCCUCUGCUCAAAUACGCUUGUAUGUUUUCUAUAUAUUAACUAACACAAGAAUGUCUCACCAGGAACCAGAUAACGAAAUUAUGGUGCAGUCAAACCGAGUUUACAUUCAUAAACAAUGAGAUGCGUGUAACCUGUUUAAAACGUGCGGCACGGCGGUGGGAGUUUAAUAGCCAGCCGGUUUGAAACUUGAUAGUGUUUCACAACAAGGACACAAGAAAGCAGAAACCUUAGCUUCUGCUGCUGUCGUCCUCUAAUUUAUUCCAACUUUUCCGCAGCGGGAGAAGUGCACGUGGUUGUUUGAAUUUUAUUUUUAAUACCUGCAUUGCGAUGGUGGAUUUUUACAAGCAAUGAUCAUGAUGUGAAGUGAGUUCCGAUUUUUUGAUUUUGUCUUUAAAUUCCCAAUGGAUUCCAUGUGAGAUAGCGUUUGAGACAUGGCUUUGGUUUUAUAGACGAGAAAUAAUAAUAAUAAUAAUAAUAAUAAUAAUAAUGAUAAUAAAAAAUAAAUACAUUAAAAAAACAAAAAGGUUGAGAGCUGAAGUGUCCUGACGGGGAUUGGAGGUCUGCAAAGCUUUGGCCUUACUGACAGUUAAUUUUUUUUCUUUUAUAUUUAAGAAAAGACAAACAUUUAUAUAGGUGUUUCACUACCUCUCAUGUUGGUUAAUUUAUUUCACAUCUAGUUGUCAAUGUACAAGUUGUUUUUAUUGUUUUUUUAGAUCUACUUGAAGCCUAACACUGUAAACAACUCUGUGUAAAUGACCAGAGAGGUAGAAGAGAAGCCUGGGCCUAGUCGACAUGAUAAUUCUGAAUAUUAUUUUUGUUUAUGUGUAUGUUUGCUUUGAAUUGUGUUGAGCUGAACUAGAUUUUGCAUCUCUAUAAAGAAUUCAGGAAUCCACUGUUUAAGGGCUAAUCCCAUUUUUGCCUAUGCAAAUCUGUUACUGUGGGUGAGUUCAGAGAGGGCGCGCCGGCGCUCCUCUCAGCUGUGUUAGACGGACCAUGGUUUACAUUGCCCUUUGCUGGUUUUCUUCAAUCCUGUUCAGCAAAAAUGUACUCUUAUAAUCAAGUAAUAUAGACAGAAGAGAGUAUAUGCCUUUAUGAUGAUUAAAAAAAACAAGAAACCUUGUUUAAAAGAACUUUUAACGUGUUGUCUUGACGUCGAGCGGCCGAGCGCUGAGGUUUUUGGUGCGACGCAGCAGUUGGUAGUCGACUUUCAGGCUACGACUUUAGUAGCUGAACUGUGCAGGAUUGCCUGACUGAAAACGUAUUUAUGUGAGGAGCAACCACACUAUCACCUUCACCAACACACCGACACCCAGUCUGGGAGGUCAUACGUGUAUUUGGGCCGUCUAGGUCUUAUUAUUGUCACGUUCAGUGUAACAUUUUGUCAUUUCUUUUAAAGCAAGACCAUGUGACUUUUUGUGGCCAAUCUGUCCCUCCUCCAUUUUGUGUACACACGUUACCAUUCUGGCCCUGUUUACUUCCAUUUUGUAACCCACACACUUAAACUGGUAUAUAUUUUUAUAGUAAUUAUUUUAAUAUGACAAUAAUCAUAAAAAUACUCAAUAACUGAAUUGCAUAUUAGGUUCUUUAGAUUUUAUAUUUUAUAUUACACCCUAUUUUCAGUGAUUGGGGUUCUGAUACUGCAGUUCCCCCUCAUGAAAUGUGACUCUUAAUCAAACCAAAAUAACUGGACAAUAUAAGAUAAUAACAGAUAAUAAUACAAUAUAAUAAUAACAGACCGCUACAGGAGAUCUUUCCUGCCAACAGUCAUCACUAUCUACCGUAUCUCUUUGAAGAAUUUGAGUUAAUGAGUUACAACAACGUUUAAUUUCCCUUUGGGAUCAAUAAAGCAUUUUUGGAAUUUGAAUUAUCCUGUUGCCAAGUUCUUUAUACAGAAAGUAGCUACUGACUGCCCUAAAAGUUGCUACAAGCUGCUAAAUGUUGUUGAUGCCUAAUUUGCAUAAUUGGCUGUGUGAGGAAAAAUGGUUCAAAAUGUAGAAAAAUGACCUUAAAAAUGUUUAGGAUUCCAAAUUCUUCUGUGGAGUUUUGCUUUUUAAGGUUAUAGCAACCCUCAACAACACAGUCAGUGGUGCCUGACUUCCUCCACUAACGAUACAAUUUCUAGCCCCAUCGUAUUAUUAUAACAUUUUCCUGAACUAGGCCAUGUCUGAAGAGCCCACAGCUGAAGUAGUCUCCAUAAGUCUACGUUAAGUUAGCCACAGAGUGGCGCUGGCAGCUAGUUUCAUUUACCCGUUCUUUCAAAGCAAUUGAAGGGAGAUUGCAUGUGCAAAAAUGUUUCCAUUGCGAAUACAAAUUGAAACAUUUCCAGUGCUGAACUUUCAUUGGGAGACAUCUUUGUUUUAUAUCCAAAGCAACCCAACUGGACAAAAUGACCCCAACACCAAAAUUAUAUGGUCAAUAUUGACAUUUUAAAGCAUAAUUUAGGAAUAAUCCUUUUAUAAAAGCAGCACUUUACUAAAGUCACCUUAUCUGCAAAUUAAUGAAUUGGUUCUAAUUGGACAUUUACCAAUAUUUUUAGGAACUAGGCUUAUUUAAGUUACCUAGUCUUACUUUGAAGGGCUGACCUGAAACAAAUCUGGGAAAUGGGCAAGUGGUGCAGUAAUGGAUACGAGCACUGUCCAUUAGCCACGUAAACUAAAUAAAUAUAAUUUAAAAAAUCUCCACUUUCCAUUUAAUUUAAUUUUUUUUUUUAAUGAUCUUUUUCUUUUUUACCUUCUUGGUGUCUGCCAGCACACACUGCACAUUUGUUGCGACUUUGUAACCAACCAGAGCAGCACAGUGUCAUCAGCAAACAGUGCCAACUUCCUUCUACUUCUCGUAGCCACAUCCACUUAGACUAUCACUGUGUUAAUACAGUAGCGUUUAUAUGGAGCGGAUUCAGGUUAUUUUUACUUGUUUUUUAAUUUUAAACCAGCCUCAUUCACCUUGUAUCAAGUUAGCACCUAAUGUCGCUUUUAUUUAUUUACUAUUUAUUGGAAUUCGAAGGUUGGGAGGUGAGUUUUCGCUUGACCUCCAACCAAAACAAAAAAAACAACAAAAAAAAAAAAACAGUUUAAUCUCUUUUUAUCUAACAGUCCAUACCCGUGGCUAACGAAGGACAAGCUUGUUGACUGAUGGCGGUUCGGGUUUUCCCUCAGUUGGGUACGGUGCCUCUUUAUGCUUUACAACAGACCUCAAGACCUCGUUCUGUCUCACUUCUGGGUCUGUCUCACUUUCUGUGUGUCGGGUCCUCACUUUCAUUUUUUUUUUUUUUUUUGCCAUGUCUUGAAAGCAUGGCGUCACACAUGACAUCACUGAAGGCAGUCGAGGCGGAAACGGCCCCAUUUAGCAGCAAAAAACCCCAACAAAAACGACGACGCUAAUGCUGUGUUCCUCGUACACGAGUCCCCUCUCCCUCAUCCGGUCUUUUUCGUGCCUCUUCCUGAGGCGUUUGUGCUUCUUUAGGGAAGAGAUCACGUCUGUGUAGGUGCUCCUUGAAGUUGGCUAGGAACAGUUUAAGGCAAUCACUUUUCUCUUUAUUGAUUUAGAUGCCUAAACUUCUUGGUUUUUGUCAUGCCUUUGUAGAUAGACCGCAGCUGUCGAGGAACAAGCUGCGAACGAGAACAUUGAAAAGACGAGUCACUUUAGACUAUUUUAAAAGUGACACUUUUUUCUAUUCAGCAUGCUUUGUGCUAAAUAAAUGAAAUAAUUCAGUUAUUUGCUAUAAACGAUACUGUAUGAGUAUGUAUUCCAGUACUGCAGUAUGCAGACAUUUCAAAAUAUGAGAAACUCUUUUAAGAGGUUCAUAUUUUUCUUCUAGUAUGUUUGACUAAUAGAGACAGCUAUGGGUACUUAAUUAUAGUUUCGAGUGUUUCAUGAAUUGCCAGAAUGACGUAAUGACCCUCUUUGUUUUUUUUUGUUUUUUUUAAAUGAUCUACAGUCUUCGGCUGUUGUCACACGCAUGAUUCAAAGAGCUUUUCCAAGACGGGAACGUUUGAUCAAGAUUUCUGUCUCACAAGAAUUCCCUGGCUACUUUACAACACUUGGGAAAAAUGAAAAAAAGACUGAUUGUUUUGUUUAUGCAAAUGAAGACAUUUUGGAUCUUUGUGGUCGUUUACAGUUGUGUUCAAAAUAAUAGUUUGUUGAAGAAAAAUGAGUAGAUCUCAAAAUAUUUGUAAUACAUUUUUAUUUUCGUACAAUGACAUGCACUGCACCUGUGAUUUCAAAUCAGAACAAAACACAUUUGUUAUUACUCUACUCUACAGGAAGCAGGGGGAAUCAUAUAGAUAGACCUUUUGAGGAUUUAACGUUCCUUUGACUAACUGAACUAAUGUGAAGUUCUGGAACAACUAUUUCUGGAAUGGCUCCAGAUCUGUGUUGAAUGAAGUUGACCAACUUCAGAUGAUUGGACUACAUUCCACUACUCCAAGGCCUUUGUCUUUUUUUUUAGGUUUUGCCUUACAAACAUCAUGUUAGCUUACUGAUAGAUUACUUUCAGUCUGUAGAUUGGGAUGAACACACCAUAAAGUCAAUCUUUCUGGUCUGGAACUAAGAUACAGUCUGCUUGCUGGUGUAUUUGUGGUCAUUGUCCUUCUGAAACACCAGUUUUAAGGGCGUUCCCUACAACACAACGUCAGUUUAGUUGUCGUUUAACUGCUCCAUUAUCCCUUGUGUUACAUAAAUAGGCCCAACAUUACAGAGCGACAAACAUCCACAUAAUGAGCCCCCAAUCUUACUUCCAUCAGUCCAGACCAGUCAUUGUGCUCUCGGUCAAAAUGUAACCUCGUCACCUGUUCGCUUCAGACUUUCUGGCUUCUUCUAGGCUUCUUCCAACUGCUACAGCACUCAGAGGUAACUCCUUUGGGGUUCGGUUUUCAUUUUAAAGCGUUUGAAAUCAUUUUAGCUGGAGAGGCUAUCGUUUUCUGCUGUACUUUAUCCAUUUUGGUGCCUCCCCAGUUUACUUUAUCCAUUUCAGGAACAACCCAUUUAACGAAUUCAAUGAAUGUCCUCAUCGAUUGAACUCCACACUGACAUUAAUUUGAUCACACCCUUUGAAAUAGAGGUUCAAUUACAUAGCUAGCAGCAGGCGUGUUAAGGGAUUGAGCUAGCUAUUGUUUUGAACACAGCUGUAUGUUUUAAAUAUAUAAAAGCGGAGUUGGUGGACUCACUGACAUUUUCAGAAGUAAAAUAUAUAGAUUUUUUUUAAAAAGUCUCUAUAGACACACAUAUUUGAGUCAUGCUGAUAACAUCUCAAAGCACUGUGCUCCGACUAUUCAGGGUUUGUGUUGCUCCAGAAUAUGAUUGCUGUUCAUCAUGACCUUGAGAUGUACAGUACACUGGGGCAAAACUGAAAAUCUACUUGGAACUGUAGCAUGGAACAGACUCGUUUACCCUCAUCGUGCAGCAACAUAACGCUGUGCUACAAAAGCUAAGUGUGAACACUGUUCAAAACACUUAGCUUUACAUGACUUACAUUCUUCUAAAUUAGGUUAGUAUUGGAAAACCCAUGCAUGAUAGUGCAGUUUGGAUAUUAUUUGCACUCCAGUGUUUGUAGACAUCUAGAUAUAAAAUAAAGUAAAAAAAACAUUUACUGUUAAAGUUGUUGUAAAAGAAACAGUUGUCAAACUGGUGUGGAAAUGUAACAGAGUGGAGUUAGAGAAGCAAAUUAAAUCAGAUUUCCACAUAUAACGUGAAGCUAGCAGCAGGUUGCUAGGCUCAAAACUAGCAAGCUAAAGCUAGUCACCUUAAACGUCUGUACUCACUUUGUAAGCCAAUUUUUAUUUGUUCUGUUUUGUUUGGACAAGAAUUAGCUAUCCAAAAAUAAUUUUAUGAUUUGUGGCUGCAAAAUUAUUCAACUUUGUCCCAUGACAGAUCAAGGUGAGCUGAGCUAACUAGCUGCUAGCUUGGCCUUCGUUUGACUUGGAGCUUAAAUGAGCACUUUUGCAAAAAUGUUAUUCAAAACAUAUAGAAAAAGUUGUUGAGUAAUGUAAAAGUUGCAAAAGAGAAUGGGUUGGAAAAUCAAAAUUGGGUUUUUUUGUGGGCACUAUAACUGUCCAGCAGAGUACAGAAUCAGCGCUUCUCGGUGGAUAUAAUGUGCCAUAUUUAUAACGUGUCUUUGGAUAUAGUAUAAAGAGGUCAAAAGAAAUUGUUGGAAUGUUUAAUCGCAAGUUCUGUUGCACUAAAAUAAUCCUGUUACACGUCCUACUUACGUUGGCUGUCACUGAUUUGUUUGGUUUCUCGGAACCGUCCCUCCACCAACCUCUGUAAACCGGUGAUGGACAUUUUCCAACACGCCUCAUACAGGUGGCAAGUGAUCACACCGUUUCCAACAAAACAAACAAACAAAAAAAACUGUAAGAAGAUGCUGUACACCAUUUCUGAUUUCUUCGUGUGCUGGACCAGUCACAUUUUAUCUCAAAAGACACAAAAGUCGUCCUUUGAACCUUACAUGAGUUAUUGUCACAUUAGCAUCCUGCCCAUGUUGUGGUACAUUUUACUCUACUUAUCUUCUAUGUCUGUCUUUGUUUACAUGAUGACAUUUUGCAUUAAGAGAGAACUACAGUCUAUGGUUACUGCCCUUGAAUAUCUGUAAUUUGAAUAGUGCUGCUAGAGAGAGAAAUCUAAAUGUAACAACUUACAAUAAAGAGUUUAUUAAUAGAUUUUU